ACGCGGCGUCCACUGUGUCCCACACACACUGCAGGCCGGGUUUGCGCCUCAUUCGGAACACGCGCGGCUUAUCCGUAGUCCGACUAGAUCGGCGAAAGCGUCCAAAAACUCGCGAACCGCGGCGUCAGUGGCAGUUGCUGCAGUACUGAAACCAGCACGAUGGAUGUCGACCAGCAGACUACUUCCUCUGAGAACGGCGUGGCUCCACAGCAACGGCUGAUGCCUAAGUUUGGAACUCGAGUGCCAGCCCUGUGGACUGCGGCAGACAAGUUCCUCGCGAGGGCCAAGGCGACGCAGCCGUCGACUGCACCUGCUGCAGACAACAUCGUCAUCGAACCUACGCCGGAAUCCCGGUUUCAAGAGGUGCUGGACCACGUGACUCCCAUCUUCCUGCGGGACGAGCCGCUGUCGCACAGCUUCCCGCCGUGCACCACCGGCAGGAGGGAGCGCGACUUCCGGCAGUACGCCAUGGAGCAGCUGCGCUCCGGACUGUCCGUGAUGGCCACAGACGGAGCCGGGGGGCCCGUGGUCGGCUCCUGCCUCAACCGGCCCUUCUGCAAGCAGUACCUCGCGGCCGCCUGCGGUCAGCAGCCCGAGGCCGAUGACCUUCCGGAGGAUCCCCUGGUGCCGAAUGUGGUCCGCCUGUUGACCACGGUCCAUCGCCAGCUGGACCUGUUCUCCGCCUUCGGAGUGGACGAGAUCUUCGAACUGGGGCUGGCGUCCGUGGAGCCCACACACGUCGGAAGAGGCAUCGCGUCGCGGAUGAUGCGCUGCAGCCUGGAGCUGGCGGCGCAGCGCGGACUGCGGGCGGCCAAGGGCGACUGCACCGGCGUGGCUUCGGCGCGCGCCGCCGUUCGCGCCGGCAUGAGCGUCGUCUUCCGGCUGCCGUACGCCAGCUACGCGCCCGCCGGCCGCGUCGUCUUCCACGCGACGGGCGAGGCCAACCCGGAGCUGACCGUGGUCGCCGCGCGCCUCCAGCCGGCGCCGCCCCACGUGCUGCCGGCCGAGCUGCCGCAGGCGCCUCGGCAGUGAGCUGGCUGGGCGCUGCCAGCCCGCAGCGCUGACCCAACGGACGCUUCUUCAUUUACGGUCGCUGGCGCUAAUCCUUUGUUGUCAAGGCUACAGCUCGAUUAAAAAUAAUCGAUUGUACUCGAACCAGUUAUUGAUGUAUUACUUUCCUGGUACAGCCAAAUAGCGCUAGCAGACUAUUUUGCAGUUGAAUAUUGAUUAUGGGUUAUGGGUUUCACUGGCGCCAGUCCAUCACUGGCGCCAGUCCGGCAAAGAUGUACUGGCGCCAAUGAUGUGCUGGCGCCAGUACAUCACUGGCGCGUCUUGAACUGUGGUUAGUACAUCACUGGCUGCAGUACACUGGCGCCAGUACGUUGGCGCCAGUACAUGAUUGGCGCCAGUGUGUCAUUGGCGCCAGUCUUCCACUAACGCCAGCCCAUCUCUGCACCAGUCCUCUACUGGCGAUGGGCGAUAUUCACUGGCACUAGUUCUUCACUGGCGCCAGCUGCCUGCAGGCGCUAUUGCUACUUGGCAGCCUUCCACUGGCGCCAGUCCAUCUCUGGCGUCAGCCCAACACGGGCAUUCCUACUGCUACCAGUGUUCUUGCUCUAAUCUGUGACACAUUUCUCUGCUCUGUCACUGUAUUCAUAUGUGUUCUUCUGGAGCCAGUGAUCUUGGGACCAAAUAAUCUUUAUAUCUUAAUCACUUAUUACAAAGAAGCGCUGAUAUCAGAGUUCCCAAUGGUGCCACUUAUUUAUGGCCUAGUGUCACCAUUUAUUAGCAGUGGGUCAGUUAUUAGCAUGUUUUCUGCACCUGCUAGACAACGGGUUCAACUUUUUAACUGAAAUAAUCAGCAAGCAGUUGCAGAAAAUAAACUUUAUUCCUUAACUGGUUUCAGGCACUUAGUGUCCUUCUUCAGAACGUUGUAACUAUCGCAUUAUUUGUAACUGAUGCUAUAGUUACAACCUUUUGCAGAAGGGCGCCAAGUGCCUGAAGCCGGUUAAGGGAAUAAAAUUUCUUUUGUGCAACUUAUUGCUGAAUAUUUCAAUUAAUACAACUACCGUUGCACAAAAUGGACAAAACACUGACAUUCAGUUAUGCAUGAAUCUGGCGCCAUUCGUGACAGUGUUAAGGUGACAGUAAAUUUACAUGUUCGACGCUUUCUUUUUUGGCCUACAAAUUUCUGAACCAAUAUAAUAUUGCCAAGGUACUAGUGGUGACUGAGCUAUUGUCACUACUUUUUUCUGGACCAAUAAGAAUGCAUCACAAUAUUCAGCUGUCACACACGUCUAAUUGUAGUGCCAGCGUCUGUCACCUGCUUAUCUGUAUAUUUCUUUCGACAAUGAUCGCUUUUUCAUUAACGAUUGUUAUUUCAUGCACCAUGUUUACUAGCUCCAAUCAGACUGUGCUAGAAACAACAGUUUAUUGGCGGUAACCAAGUGAGUGAAGUUUUUAGGGUCGGUUAGAAAUUGCUACCACAGUAUUCAGCAACCACAUAUAUAAUUCUGGUUCCAGUCACUCGGUGGCGAUGAAUUCAUAUGUCAAUAUUUCGCAAAUGCCAGUAGCUCAGUAAAUUCGUAGUACUGAACUCAUUAAACUGACGCCAAUAAUCCUGCAAUUUUGCUCACUCCAAUUUCAGUGUCACUGCAUAGGUAGCUCCACAAACGCUUCACAGACUUGUGGCAGCAGUCUACUAGAGCCAGGGCCUAAUUUAACUAUCACAAAUAACACUAUCAAAAUUCACGAUUUCCACGUUCAUCAUGAAUCGGUGCUACUCUAUUGAUGGGCAGUUAUUUUUAUGUAUAUCAGUUGGAUGCCAAAUCAAUCUACGUUCGUUGAUACUACACUGUAAAAUCCCUGCAUCAUCACCUUGCUCAAUCUGCAUGCUAUAGAAACGCUGGAACGCUUCUUGAUCAUGAUAAACAUUGUUGAGUUAUGAAGAACUACCGAAUGUAAUAUCUUGUGGAUAUAUGUCAAGGUAUAUAUGUUACUGUGAUAUCUGCUGUAAAUUACUCAAUGUGACCAAUUCUGCAUGAAAGCUUUAAGAGUAGAAUUAUUCAGUAUCAAUUACAUGUAUGAAGUAAAAUACACAAUAAAGUUUAAGUAUACGUUUA